AUGCUCUCUCAGAAGGUUGCUCAGCAAUCGCUGCGGCGGCUUGCCGUCCAGCAGCCCUACGCCCUGCGUUGGUCUUUGAUGAACUCGGUCUCUCCGGCUGCUGUUGCUCUCGGAAGAGCCGUUCAGACUAGACACGCUGCUACCUCCUCCAACUCCUCCGACCCUACCAAGCUUCUCGCCCAGCAGCGUCUCAACCGCCCCGUCUCUCCCCACCUUAGCAUCUACCGUCCCCAGAUCACAUGGAUCGGCAGUAGUAUCCACCGUAUCACCGGUAUUGCGCUGUCCGGAAGUCUCUACCUCUAUGCCUCUGCCUACCUCGCCUCUCCCAUGCUCGGUUGGGACCUGGGCUCUGCCUCCGCUGCCGCCGCUUUCGCCGCUCUCCCUGUUGUCGCCAAGGUUGCCCUGAAGACUACCAUGGCCCUGCCUUUCACCUACCACUGCAUGAACGGAGUGCGCCACCUGAUUUGGGAUACUGGUGCUGGUCUUACCAACCCUCAGGUCAUCAAGUCCGGCUGGACUGUGGUUGGUCUGAGUACUCUUAGCGCUCUCAUUCUUGCUUUCCUGUGA